CACGCCAGCAUCAGCAUCAUGGACGCGCCUCCGAUCCGGCGCCUGCGUGGGCCACCGCUCAGCAUCUUCGAGACCCGUUCGCUUCGCAUCAUCUUCAGCUUUGUGGGUCAUCCGAGCGACCUCUUUGCGGCAAUCCGCGCCUUUCCGGUCGACAUCCUCCCGAUUGGCUACCCGAGUCUCCUCACAAUGGCCGACGUGAUCGGCGACGACCAGGUUGCGCCGAUCCUGCCGAUCGAUCACCCGCGCCUCGACGCGCAGGACAUAGCUCGCGGGCUUGAGGUGCUGCCGCUGCUCAGCUUUUUCUCGCCGGCCGGUAUCGCGCGACAGCAGGUGUUUCGCGUGCCGGUGACGCUGGAUCCGCCGGUGGUGCCAAGCUGCCUCGUUCAAACGACUACGGCGCUCCUUUGCGACGCGCUUGACGUGAUGCUACCGCCCGCGAUGGACAUCCGUGAAGCUCAUGUGAUUGAGAUCUCGGGUGACAUUGCAAUCGACGGUGCAGCCAUUAUCUGGACGCUUUGUGCAUUCGAAUGCUCUCGUCGUGUCGACAGCUUGCACAUCUUCAACCAACCGACAUUCUCGCCGAUGGCCACCCAGUGCCCCGAGACGGUGCUCACGGCCAUCUCGCGGUUCAUCAGCUGCCAUGAGGCGACGCUGAAGUGCAUCGAUCUGUGCUACUUCGAGCUCUCCCACCCGCAGGCCGGUGGCCUCGCCCGGUCUCUGCGCACCAGCAGCGGCCUGCGCGACCUCAAGAUCAUGGGUUCGCUCGACAGCGAGCGGCGCUUGGAUGCGACGUUGCCCCAGGCGGCGUUUGUCUACGGCCUUGCACCGACGCUGCUGCGACUCACUCUGUCCCCAGUGGCGUUUGCCGACACGGUCAUGUCGUCAUUGGCCAUGGCGCUUCGGGCGUCACGUCUGACGCACCUCUCGCUCGACCAUGUACGUGGGUCGUCGCGGGCGCUGCACGAGCUCUGCGGCGACUUCCCGGACACGCUCGAGUGUCUGACCUUUAAAGACGUGCUCGUCACGACGGCUGACGAGGCGCUUCCUUUGAUUGCGACGGCUCGACGUGCCUCGCGACUGCAGCAUCUGCACCUUCAAGUGACGACUCUCGACGACUACACUGACCUGAACGACGUCUUGGCCGACGUGUAUCGAGCCGCCACCAACGCCCGUUCGAUCCACGUCGGACAAACCAUCCGAGUUGCUGAGCUCAUGGCGUGCACGGCGACGCUCCACCACCUUAACACGCUCUCGGUCGAGACGCUGGACGGCAACGACGCGACGGCUUUGCUGCCACUCGUGUACCAGCACGCGUCGCUCACCAAAAUGGUAAUCUCUGGACUGGACUUGGCGCCCGCUUCUGUCCAGGCCCUUCGCAAUCACCUCGCGACUGACUACGCGCGGGCCAUCACGAUCGAAUUUCUCGAUGACAUCGACGACAUUGAUGUCGACGCCUAAGUUAAGGUCUACGGCUUCAAUGCAACGAGCCUUCUUAGAGCUGCCAGUCCAUGUACCAAGUAUUGCAUGCCCUUUAUACCGUUUUGCACUUCGUAUGCCGCUCACAAUAAACUCUAUUUCCUCGACAUGCCUUGUUCAACAGCUGCUAAAUGUUAGCGCACCAACC